CACGUUGGACGAAGAUUGUGCUCAGAUCCUUUUGUUAUUGAUAAGAGUGUUUAAUGAUCUUGGGAGUUAAACUCGCAUCGCUGAUAGUGUCUGACUGGAAAAUACAUAUUAAAUAAAAAUACAUUUAUCUCGCAUUGUUUGUGCUACAACCAAGAAAAAUCUUACAGAUAAUAAAUUACAGUUGUGCCGAGUGCAGUUGUGAUAUCGCACCGGAGUCGCCAGUUAUCGAGCAAAUCUUGAACGAUAUGACACUGAAGGAAAACUAAUUAAAUCAUAUAAUUAAAAAUUAGUGAGUGGGUAGUUAUAAAAAAUUAACUAUGGAGGACCAGGAGAAAGUGAAUUUACUGGAGAAAGGAAACAACAAUGGAGCAGCCUACGGAAGCGUACCACUGGUUGGGACUCCAAGAAGGGUUAUUUAUUGCGUCCACGGUACUCCCAGCGCUGGUUGCUGUAAGGUACUGGAAAGUGAGGUCCUCGAUAUGACAACCAUGGAUGAUGAUAUAGCAUCACAUGCCAAAGAAAACAUCAACACAACAGAACUAGUCAACAAACAUUGCCACCGUCCCCAAAACACAGACAUGGACAAGAGGGCCCGUAAGAAACUGAUAACAGCCAGCAUUCUGUGCGUUGUAUUCAUGAUUGGAGAGAUCAUUGGUGGUUACCUGUCGAACAGUCUUGCCAUAGCCUCAGACGCAGCCCACUUGUUGACGGACUUCGCCAGCUUCAUGAUAUCCUUGUUCUCCUUGUGGAUGGCCUCAAGGCCCUCGACCAGAACCAUGUCCUUCGGCUGGUACCGGGCCGAAGUGAUUGGCGCACUGACUUCCGUCCUCAUGAUCUGGGUGGUUACGGGUAUUUUAGUUUACAUGGCUGUACAACGAGUGAUCAACGAGACUUUCGACGUGGACGCCAAAAUUAUGUUGAUCACGUCUGGUGUCGGUGUACUGGUUAACUUGAUUAUGGGCCUGACGUUGCACCAGCACGGCCAUACCCACGGCGGCGGAUCCAGCCACAGUCACGGUGGUCACGGUCACAGCCACGACAAGGAACAAGAAAAUAUUAAUGUAAGGGCGGCGUUUAUCCAUGUGAUUGGCGAUUUUCUUCAAAGCUUCGGUGUCUUCGUUGCAGCACUAGUAAUCUAUUUUAAACCCGACUGGAUGAUUAUUGACCCCAUCUGCACGUUCAUCUUCUCGGUUCUUGUUUUGAUCACCACCUACAAUAUUAUCAAAGAUGCCCUUUUGGUUCUCAUGGAGGCGUUACCCAAAGGUAUUGAGUUUGAGGAAGUUAUGACCACUUUGCUGAUGAUCGAUGGCGUUAAGAGGGUGCACAACUUAAGAAUCUGGGCUCUUAGCUUGGAUAAAGUGGCCAUGUCUGCCCACGUUGCCAUUGCCCCUUCGAUAAAUCCUCAGAACAUCUUAAUGGUUGCCACCAAAAAUAUUCAUGAUAAGUACAGAUUUUUUGAGAUGACAUUGCAAAUAGAAGAGUUUCAAGACAGUAUGGAGGAUUGUCAUCAAUGCAAGAACCCUUAAUCAACAUCUAUAAUUUAUUUAAUUCACCACCGUUUUAAUUUAUAGAACAAUAAUCUCAAGUUGUUUUAAUGCUUCUGUUGUUCUAGUCUGUGUUUUGUCAAAUUGCAGUGAGUACUUAUUUUUGAACAAACACAUUUUGUUCUUUUUUAUGUGUAGUUUUUUAAUUUAUUUAAUAAAUAUUCCAUAGCUCAUAA